AUGCCGGUGAUGAAGGGCCUGUUGGCGCCCCAGAACACGUUUUUGGACACCAUCGCCACCAGGUUCGACGGGACCCACAGCAACUUCCUGCUGGGAAAUGCACAGGGGCAUCGUGGGUACCCCAUCGUGUAUUGUUCAGAUGGCUUCUGUGAGCUCACAGGCUUUGUCCGCACUGAGGUCAUGCAGAAGAAUUGUAGCUGCCGCUUCCUGUACGGGGCGGACACCAGUGAACACGUAGCCAUGCAGAUGGAGAAGGCUCUGGAAGGGCGAGAGGAGUACCAAGCCGAGGUGAAGUUCUACAAGAAAAACGGCACCUCCUUCUGGUGUCUCCUGGACAUCGUACCCAUCAAAAACGAGAAGGGCGAGAUGGUGCUGUUUCUCUUCUCCUUCAAGGACAUCACCGAUACGCACGGCAAGAGCCACCACAACGGCAGGAGAGAAGAGGACAAGAGGCCGAGCAGGAAGACGGGCAGCUCUCACUUCACCGAGGCCAGGCGGCGAGGCCGGACCGUGCUGUACCACCUGACCAGCCAGUUUUCUAGAAGGAGCAAGAGUGAGGUCAAACUGAGCAGUAACGUGUUUGAGAAGCCGUCUCUCCCGGAAUACAAGGUGGCUGCUGUACAAAAGUCCCGCUUCAUUCUGCUGCACUACAGCGUCUCCAAGGCCCUGUGGGACUGGAUGAUCCUGCUGGCCACUUUCUACGUGGCCGUUACCGUGCCCUAUAACGUCUGCUUCACUCCCUACGAUGACCUGGAUUCUGCCGCUCGCAGCACCAUUGUCAGUGACAUCGCCGUAGAGAUGCUGUUCAUCCUGGACAUCAUCCUCAACUUCCGCACCACCUAUGUGAGUCAGUCUGGUCAGGUGGUGUAUGACUCCCGCUCCAUCUGCAUCCACUACGCUGCUACCUGGUUCUUUGUGGACCUAAUUGCCGCUCUGCCCUUUGACCUCCUCUAUGCAUUCAACGUCACAGUGACAUCUCUGGUUCACCUGCUGAAGACAGUGCGCCUGCUCCGUCUGCUGCGGCUGCUGCAGAAGCUGGACCGCUACUCCCAGUACAGCGCCAUGGUGCUGACCCUGCUCAUGUCCAUGUUCGCCCUGCUCGCCCACUGGAUGGCCUGCAUCUGGUAUGUCAUCGGCCGCAAAGAGCUGGAGAGCAACAACCCCGACACCUGGGACAUUGGCUGGCUCCAUGAACUGGGGAAGAGGCUGGACACUCCGUACAUCAACAGCACCAUGGGGGGCCCGUCGGUGCGCAGUGCCUACAUCGCCUCGCUCUACUUCACCCUCAGCAGCCUCACCAGCGUGGGCUUCGGAAACGUCUGCGCCAACACAGACGCCGAGAAGAUCUUCUCCAUCUGCACUAUGCUCAUAGGCGCCCUGAUGCAUGCGGUGGUGUUCGGAAACGUGACGGCCAUCAUCCAGCGCAUGUACUCACGACGCUCGCUCUACCACACCCGCAUGAAGGACCUGAAGGAUUUCAUCCGCGUCCACCGCCUGCCCCAGCAACUCAAGCAGCGCAUGCUCGAGUACUUCCAGACCACCUGGUCCGUCAACAACGGAAUCGACGCCAACGAGCUCCUGCACGACUUCCCGGAUGAGCUGCGUGCCGACAUCGCCAUGCACCUCAACAAGGACAUUCUGCAGCUGCCCAUCUUCGAGUGUGCUAGUAGGGGCUGUCUACGUUCCCUCUCGCUGCACAUCAAGACCUCCUUUUGUGCCCCUGGGGAGUACCUCAUCCGCCAGGGCGACGCCCUGCACGCUAACUACUUCGUCUGUUCUGGCUCCCUGGAGGUGCUGAAGGACAGCAUGGUGUUGGCCAUUCUGGGGAAGGGAGACCUCAUUGGGUCAGACCUCCCUGCCCAGGAGCAGGUGAUAAAGACCAACGCAGACGUGAAGGCCCUGACCUACUGUGACCUGCAGUACAUCAGCGUGCGGGCACUGCGCGAGGUGCUGGAGCUCUACCCGGAGUACGCCAGCCGCUUCACCGCCGACAUCCACCACAACCUCACCUACAACCUGAGGGAGGGCAGCGAGGCUGAGGGCCUUACAAGGUUUUCACGAUCACCCAGACUCACCCACAACCGCCUGGACCUGGGCCACCCACCGGAGCACAAGCUGCCCUCUAUCGUGGAGGCUGAGGCUGAGCCCGAGGAGUACUUCCACCUCUCUCCCGCCUCCAAGUCCCGCAAGAACCUGACGCUGCCCAACCUGAGCAGCCCGGUGCGGCGCACCUCCCUGGGGAACCUGCUGGGAGACGAGCUGAGACAGUUCAACGCUCUGCGCCACUGCCGCUCGCCCGCCCGGGGCUGCCGGGGCCGCAGCUCCUCCCCGCAGCCGAAGGAGGAGCCUCAGCGCUCGCCGGCUCUCCCGCGAGCGCCUCCUCCCUCCUGCAACGUGGAGGCCGGGGCCUGCCGCAAGCCGACCAAGCUGCUCAUCCCGUCCUUCAACUGCUUCGGCCCUCCAGACCUCAGCCCCAGGGUGGUUGACGGUAUCGAAGACAACGGGCACACGUUUCACUUCAACUUGGAGCGGAGUGGGGCCAAAGGCAGCGCAGGAAGCCAGGUUGAAGAUGCCAAUCAAGUGAAUGCUGCUCUGCUCCUGGAGACGGAGGAGGUGAGGCAGAGCAUCGCACAGCUCAACAAGGAGAUGAGCCACUUACACCAAGAGGUGGCUCAACUGGGCAAGGAGCUACACCACAUGCUGCACUUCUUACAGGCCCACAUGACGAUGCAGCAAUACUCCUCUACCCUCUCCACCUACCCCUAUGGCAUGCAUGUGGUCUCCAACCCCACUGCUACCAGCAACGUGGCCUACAGUGUUGCAGCUGGCCUGCACGUACACCACGAGCCCAUGAACCUGGAACCUUUGGGCCACUCUGGGGCCACGUGGAACUACAGCGGGUCCCACCCUCGGGCCACUGUCUCGGGUCAGCAGGGGGAGGCAGAUCGCUUACACCAGCCCUCCAGCCCCAGGUCUUCCUGCUCGCAUGCGCACUGCUCCACGGACCCAGCAGCAAACCAGAACUCAGACCCUGCUUCUGGCAGCACCCCCAACUCCCCAUUCCUGUCCCAUCAGAAUACUCGAACUGGGCCUUCAUUGCUCACCAUUAGUCCAUCCUUCCAGGGGUUCACCUCUGGUCCAACUCCUCAAGCUGGGUAUGGAGGAAGCGGUGCCGCUGUUGGCCACAGCGGUUCCUCGGCCAACCUCAGCCAGUCCCAGUCCAGCUUGUGUCCGCAGAUAUCCCUGGCGUCCGAACGCAUGCACGCACAGUCCAGCUCCCUUACAUAUUCCCACUCCUCACUGGCGACGGCCAGUGGUUACCCCCACCUCCAGGUCUCCACCAGCCACUCGGCCAACCCUGGCAGGGCCUCCAGCUCCCUCCACGUUCUGGAUUCGCGCAGCCUCCUGGACCUUCACCAUCUCCCUGGCUCCUCACGCUCAGGGGGCUCCCACCUCCCCAGGCAGUCAUCGCUGACCUCUCAGGAUUCCGCUCCACCGAGGCUGGAUGUUUGCGACAGCGGCCACCCCUUGGGUGACUCUGCUGGAGUGGAACACAUCAGUAUGGAGUACUUGCUGGGUGGGUCGGGGUCCCUGGACAGGAGGGACAGUAUGACCCCGGAGUCACGGAGGUCCAGUAUUGGCAUUCAGACUCUAGACACGGAGCCCUUCUGGAGUGUGGACAUGGCAGAGUAGUUGGGAGUCGGACAGAUCCUGUUGUUGGCACUAGAGCUGCUGCCGGAACAAGGGGCACCCUGGUUUACAGCCCUGAAAGGCAACUUUGGUGUUUGAGUUGAUCUUUUGCUGUUUGUUCUGCCUAUUAUUUACUUUUUCCCUGGUUUAUGCGGCCCACAGCUCUUCUAUGCAAAAGCACAUCAUUUGUGCACCCCCACUCCUAUUUUCCUUCUGUCUUUAUGGUUCAUACUCAUGUAAGAAUCAUUGUCUCCAAUGAUUCGGGGGACUACAUCUAUAGUCCAUAAUGUUGGGAGACAUUUACAUCCUAACUAUUGGAAAUUGCCUGGAAGGCUUUUUCAAAAACAUUUUUCAUAACCCAUUUGGCUAUGUUUUUGGUGAAUUAUUUAGCCUACUCAGUGGAGGUCACCAGUACAACAAGGUACUUCAUUAUAUAACUGGAUAAAUGAUCAGACCAUUAAAAUGCUGAAGAGCUUGUUGUACUGUUGUCAACAUUGGAUGGGAAAGUCAAAUGUUCUAUUUACCCCCACUGAAGCACUCAUACGGAUAAAACAAUCACAAAGAAAAGCUGUUUGUUGAUAUUGUCUUACCUUCUCACUUGGUAAAGUUCAUCAAUUCUUUUUUCCUAAGGAAAAGGUAUCCAGCUGAAAUGUGUUUACAUUGUGAAAGACUUAUAUUGUACCGAAAACACUGGCAAGAGGAGUCAGUGGACGCCCAGUUUAAUUGAUGCACUCUGAAUGACACUGGAAGCUUUGGUUUUUCUAUGUAGCUAAUUAAUGAUUAUGCUCAAUGCCUUGUAAAAUCUUUUCUUUUUAUACAAAGAUAUUUACUAUGUUUUUAAUAUACUGAAUUGAUGAGACACAGAAACGGAUUUCCACAGAACAAGUUUUGUAUUGAGGGCAAUGUCUUCUUUGUCUGCAGUUUAAUCACAUAUUACCAGAAUUUCAGGCUGAAAUGCAGUUGAAAACAGUCAGCAGUUAUGUCUGAAAUCAGACACCUAUCUGCUAUUAAAAUUAAUUGGAGAGAGCUCUGGCACGUCUGCUAUGUGAAUUUCACAUGACUCAAGUAGUGCCUAACCCUCACUGAUUUGCUGAUGUGAUUUGGUGUGAUUUACACUAAGCGUACUUCCCACUCAAUAACAAAGCACUGGCAUUUGCCAUGUUCUAUCGUGGCUGUCAUUGUGUAUUGGGUUGCUGUCGCCCACCGCACUUUAAUCACACUUGUCUUCUUAUUCUCCUGUGUUUGCUUCCACCCCGCAAAUCAUUACCAGUGAACAGACUAUUACUUUAACAUAUUCCUGUCUCAGCCAAAAUCUUGUGUUCUACAGGAUUUUGUGGAUUAGAAUGCCUCCCUAAUACUCGCAUAUGACCACAGGAUUCGAUCUUUUGUGGUUGUGUAUUUUAUAACCUGCUUGGUAUUUUAAGACAAAUUGCAUGCUUGCAUGCCAGCACGAAAGACACAAGCCCAAGGAGAGCCAUCAACACAGGUGCCCACUAUAUCUUUCGUAAUUAAUGGCUUGCAAAGUUUCUCCUCAACUGGCUAUAUUACAUGCAUGAAUGAUUUAGAGGAUGUACACUGUCUGGAUAGUUUGCUUUCCAAUGCGUAGAUUCAGUGAAAGUUCAAUUGAACUGAGUUACAGAGGUCAUGACCUCUAACAUCAGGCUGCUGCUUUAGUUUAUGAAAUAAGACAGACACUAUCUAUGAGAUGUUAGGUAUUCUCUGUAGUAGGCUCUGCCAUGACAAAUGGCUGCUGUAGGUUUUUGUCAAAAAAAAAGAACAAGUAAAAUAUUGCCAUAUGUUUCUGCUCCCCUGUCCCAACUGUCACAUUGUUAGCAGGAUAUGUUAAAUAAGAAUGUAAAUGGUUCAAAAGUGUCAUGUAACGACAGUUUUAAAAAAAGUGCUAAAGGAAGCGGGAUUCAGUUUCCUGCAUAACAUAUUAAACAAUUUACACAAUAUAUUAUCCUGAAGGACAAAGGGUUGAGUGGGGAGAACAAUACUAUGCUGUAUUGUAUGUAUACAGUGGAAUACAGGUUACUGCUAAAAUUUCCCCCAGUUGAAUAGAGCUUCAAAACAGAAACAAACUCAGAAAAAAGGCUGUCUAUCUAGUUGUGUUACAUUUUAAAUUCACAGCCAUGGUUAUUUUUUCAUUUACAGUUCACACAGACAAUUUAAAAGCACGCUCCAUCGCAAAUGGUCUGGGAAUCUGGCGUUCCGAUUUGUAACAAGAACAAUACCAUUUAAUGCCAGAACCCUUGAGAAAAAAGAAGGCUGAGUCUCUUGAGUAUGUUGUGCAUUUUGGUGACCAUGGAAACUGGUUUCAAACAACAACUGUUUGGAAAAAGGCUGGUUCAGAUGUUAUGUAAAUACAAGGCUUAUGACACAUCAGGUUUUUCACUGGCCAACAUCUGGCCAUGUUACUUGCUAUUCUGGAUUCAAGGUAGAUACCACUGUUCGAUUUUAGGAAUGUCCCCUUUAUUUUAUACAUAUUUUUAAUUUUGUAUUUUAUUUAUUUGUUCAGUUAUGUUAUAAUUUAUUUUAUUAAAAUGUUCUGAAAUG